AUGUCGGUUGGGGCAAACCGAGAUGAGCUACCGAUGGCCAUCUUAAAAAGCUUCUAUUCACACGGAAAUGACGACAAGGCCUAUUCAAGUGAUGACUUCGAAAGAUAUAAACGUGAAAAUUGCUGUGAGUUACGAGGAGGUCGACUCAACUUCUACGAGAAAGGUGAACCGGAUCACAACACAACUACCACUGUUAUGAAAGUGGAGAGGAGAAGAGGAACUAACAUACUCAUUCUAAGAUGUGGACCCGGUGGUCGUACAGUUAUAUUCUUAGAAUUUGACUCCAUGAGAUUAACAGGCGAAUGGCAGGAGGCACUCUGUCGAUGUACUGGUCAACCAUAUGAUCCUACCCCUGCCUUACGGAGAGUGAGGUCUGAGAUCACAGCAGCAGCGAAUAAAUGGAAGAGGAGAGCAUUAACUCGAUCAACCUUUCCUGAUAUCGUCGAUGAACAGGUUGAUCCAGAUUCUGAACAAGUUGACCCCUCUUCGGAAACUCCCCAAGAAGCUCCACUAGCUCCUCCGGUAACUCUUCCGGAAGGUCCCUCCGGCCCUGUCAGCUCGCGAUCACGUGAUGAUGAUCUCAGAUGCUGCUUAUAA